AGGUCUUUCUGUUUUGCCCUGUGUUGUUAAUGUGGCACCACUAGCCAUAGAUGCACAGUCAUAGCGUGCUUUCUCAGACUGGAAGUGCCGCGAGCUUCGUUAAAAGCGGAACGCCCACGAGUCAGAGGCGCGUGACGCCACAGGGUGGAGUUUCCGAGCAGAAUGCGUGUGACGUAAUGGAUUAGGGCUUUCCCUUCUGACGUUAGUGAGGCGAACAAUCUGCGGUGAUCGUCCCUACUAUACUGUCUCUCUCUUUUCGGGGAGCGAGGCGGGGGAGGGGGGUUGCGGGACAAUCCCUUGUGUGUUAAUUUUUAAGAUUUACUCGAGUAAAUGUUUGAGGAAGUCGGUCCUUUCCGCAGACGCAGGAAUGGGUGGGGAAUAAUCAGAUCUAUAGAGGAUAUCUAAAAGGAGUGAUUCUGUUAGCGACGCUCGCCUGUACGCUUGGACGGAAAGGGCGCAUCACCGGUACGCGAAACAUGAUCUGCGUAUGAGGCGGACUGAGCGCGACAGAGAGGAACAUCUGAGAUCGACUUGCAGCGGAGAAAGGAGAACGACGCAGACGAGGGGAGUCUCUGCUCCUUUCUUUGGCGUGCCGCAGCUGGCGGGGACGGGAUGCAAGGCGCAGGUGUUUUUUGACGGUCACCUCGAGAGACGCGCAGGUGUUUUAAAUGACGAGAAACUGAGCUGUUCCUGGAGCACAUGACCGUGCAGGUGGCGAUACCUGUCCAUCCGUCCGUCUAGCUGCGCCGGUUGUGGCCUGUCGUGGUGAGAGCGCGCCUCUGGGUUCCGUUCUACCCCGCAUCAGUCUGCUGCCCCCUACUGCCAGCUGGUUCCUGUCUUCUUGGUCACGUCCCUCUCGUCGCUCCUGCUUCUCGCUCUCCACUUGAACGUGAGAGGGGGAAGAAGUGAUUCGGAGAAGCUCGCCAGCGGCGCGGAGGCCGAAUCAGGGGUGCUGUUCCUUUAUUGCUCGGCUGUCGACGGUGAGGCUCUGCUAAUACAGUCGGUGGGUACGCUCACACCAGAGACAGGUACUCUUAUCCAGUCACAAGGGGGCGCUAGAGGCCGGGACAGAGCAUCAUCCCAGCCAAAAUGGGUUCUGAGAGGGACUCGGAGUCGCCACACUCCUCUGUCAGUGGGGUGCCCAAUCCCAAGUGCCACGGGCGGGGGAAGAGGAGGAGUCGCAUUUCUUUCCACAGCCUCUUCCACGGUAAACGGGGCCCCCGGGGGGCCAAGGGGGCUUCAGGGGCCCCAGCGGCCCCACAGCCUCAGCAGCAGCUUCCCCAGCCUCCUCCACCCCCGCCCCCGCCCCCACCGGCUACCCCAGCCCCCGAGGCACCCCCUGCUAGCCCCGAGCAGGCGGAAAUGGCGCCGGCGUCGCCCGGACGUGCCCUGGCGGGGGAGGCUGAGCUGCUGGAGUGCCCGCUGUGUCUGGUGCGGCAGCCGGCCGAGCAGCUGCCCGCACUGCUCAGCUGCAGUCACCGCUCCUGCCUGUGCUGUCUGCGCCAGUACCUGCGCAUCGAGAUCAGCGAGAGCCGCGUGCAGCUCACCUGCCCAGAGUGCGCCGAGCGCCUGGUCCCACGCCAGGUGGCCCUCAUCCUUGACGACGCCGCCCUGGUGGAGAAGUACGAAGAGUUCCUCCUUCGUCGCUGCCUGGCUGCCGACCCAGACUGCCGCUGGUGCCCCGCCCCAGACUGCGGGUUCGCUGUGAUCGCCUCUGGCUGCGCCAGCUGCCCCCGGCUCCUGUGCCUUAGGGAGGGUUGCGGGGCUGAGUUCUGCUACCACUGCAAGCAGGUGUGGCACCCCAACCAGACGUGUGACUCUGCCCGCCAGCAGAGGGCGCUCUCACUGCGUGCUCACAGCAGCCACUCGCCCAGCUAUGCCCAGGACCAGGGGCCUGCUGAUGACAUCAAGCCCUGUCCUCGCUGCGGCGCCUACAUCAUCAAGAUGAACGACGGCAGCUGCAACCACAUGACCUGCGCCGUGUGCGGCUGUGAGUUCUGCUGGCUGUGCAUGAAGGAGAUCUCUGACCUGCACUACCUCAGUCCGUCAGGCUGCACCUUCUGGGGAAAGAAGCCGUGGAGCAGGAAGAAGAAGAUCCUGUGGCAGUUGGGCACCCUGAUCGGCGCUCCCAUCGGCAUCACCCUCAUCGCCGGCAUCGCCCUGCCCGCCAUGGUCAUAGGCAUCCCGGUCUACGUGGGCCGUAAGAUUCACUCCCACUAUGAGGGGAAGAAGACGUCCCUGCACCGGCGGAACCUGGCCAUCACUGGGGGUGUCGCUCUCUCCAUCAUCACCGCACCCGUUAUAGCCGCCGUCAGCGUCGGUAUCGGCGUUCCCAUCAUGCUGGCCUACGUGUACGGUGUGGUGCCCAUAUCCCUCUGCCGAGGUGGGGGCUGUGGCGUGAGCAGGGGCAAGGGUCGGGGCGUCAGGAUAGACUUUGAUGAGGACGACGGACCAAUCACAGUGGCGGAUGCCUGGCGGGCACUGAAGUCCCCCAGCCUUGGGGAGAGCAGCCUGGAGGGAGCAGCCAGUGGCCUCAGUACCACCUCGCCCAGUGAGGGGCUCUCAGUGGCCCCUGGGGGCCUGGGAGACACACCCCGCUUCAACGCACUGGCUGGAGGGGCCCUGGGGACCAGAGCAGGCAAAUACAGCAGGUUGGAGGUGCAGGCGAGGGAGCUGGAAAAGGAAGGGGCACGGAGGGAGACGGGCAGCAUGGGUACUGCCAGCGACUGCGCCAGUACGCGUGGCAUGGCUGGCUCCAUCGCCUCAUCCUACACGCUACCCGACAGGGAUGGCACCAACCUGGAGAUCCAGGUGGACAUCGAAACCAAACCGAGUCACCUGUGUCUGGCCAGCGAGGAAGAUCUGGCCCAGCCCACGGUCCCCAUGCUGCCCGGUCAGGAGGAGGAGCCUCAGGACUGCAGCUCGCGUCGGGGGGGCCUGCUGUCAGCCUCGUCGCUGGGCCUGUCGCCGGGGGCAUCGCUGGCCGGGGGGGCAUGUCGAGACGCCACGCUGGCGCAGCCCGAGAGCAUCCGCAGCGAUCUGGAGAUGUCCGACACCCAGUCGGACGAUAUCGCUGAGCUCACCUCUGACGACGGCGCCGACUCCCCACACCCUCGGGGAGGACAGGCCCCGCCUCCACCUUCUGUGCCCCGCCCACCGGCUCCUCCCACAUGCCGAGCACCAGCCUCAGCAGACAGCCUGCACUGCCCUGACAACAUGAUGCUGUAUGCAUGAGGGGGCAGGGCUGGCUAGAUCUCCAUGUGUCCUGUCGGUCUUCUGUGUUCUGAGUUCAGUUUUUUGAUACAUUUAUUUCUCUCACUUUCUGUUUUUUUCAUUUGGACUCUUUUGGUCCUAGAGCCCAAUUUUUACUCUCAUCUGAUGCCCCCUAGUGGCCCGCGCCUGUCUGUCUGUCACCCUGCACGACAUUUACAGGGUUCUACCUCUUUCUUUCUUUAAUUCUUUGUGGUGCAAAAAUGCCUUGGCUCCUUUAGCAAAAAAAAAAUUAAAAAGACAGGAAGAGAAGUGUUGCAAAAAAAACAGGGUGAUGGGGGAGAUAUACAGAGCGUGUCACCAAGCACACCCCAGCGGGAGCACGCCUGGGACGGUGGCAGAGUGGGGCUUUCCGGCUACAUGGGACUUCGCGUCUCUUGCCGUUCGUACCGAUUCGGAUUGGCACAUCUUUUACCAUAUUUGUAUCUGACCUACCUGGAAAAUUGUACUAAAUGCGGGAAGCAUGAGACUGCAUGGUUGCGUGUAUGUAUGUAUGUGCCAGAGCAUAUGUGUGUUUCCAUGUCUGUUAUAGUGUGGGGGGGGUGCUGAGGUUCCUGACCGACUGAUACACCGUCUGUCCCCUACCGGCCUGCCUGCCAGGUUUGUGGACAGGGGGGCAGCUGUAUUGUAUCACUCGGAACCGCACCACUGAAUCAGCGCACAUGGCACUGAUGUGGACGGGGGGGAGAAGUCAGCUGCCAGACUUAAACUACCGUCAUCCAACACUGGGGGGGGGGGGGGGGGGGGUGUGGGCAGCACUUGUGCACUUUACCAUGUUGUUUUUCUGUCUGUCAUGUGUAUGUGUUAUAUAUAUAUAUUGGUUUUUACUAUCGUGGUUUUCAUGAUGCUCACGGGGCAGUGGGGCGUGAUAAGCAAGGCUUUGAAGAGGGAAGAGAACCUUUUGUGUAUAACGGAGACCCCGCCCUCUUUCUGUUUCUCUUCCACGUGCCUCACUUUGGGUCUCGGGAUGCAUCUCAGGUCACGGUCAUUGUGCAUUUGUGUGUAGUGGUUGGACAUUCGUCAGUCACGCCCGUUCCAUUAUGGCAUGUGCAGUCCGGUAUGUCUCUGUGCUCCAGGUCCGCUUCCCUCCGCCUUUGGGGUAACUACAUGAAUGUACCUAAGGUUGAAGUUCUGAAAUAAUCAUAGUACCGCAAAAACAAUUACGAAAUAAAAGACAAUUACCUGUUAAAUAUUAAUUAAAAAUAUCUAUAUUUAAAUAGCAAUAUGACAUGAGUCUGUAUUUCCUGCUGUUGGUUUGCCCCUGUAUGGGUUCUGGCCCUUAGGAUUGCGAAGGCUGACUAUUGGGAAAUAAACACAAUGUUCUGCUAAA